AUGGCCACGGGGCCGGCAAGGGGGCAGCACUGCCCAGCCCCCAGCUCCCAGAAGCCCCCCAUGGAAGGGGUGUCCCCCAAGGGGGCUGCUGAGGGGCCAGCCUUGACCAGGAGGAGGAGCAAGAGGGAGCCAGGUCUCCGAGGGUCCCGGAAUGGCACUGGCAGCUCCGGGAGGCCAACCCCUGUCCAGGGAGCUGGGGACCCGGGAAGCAGCAAGGACCCCCCUGGGGGCGGGAAAGGGCCAGGGGAGCUGCCCCCCGUGACCCCCAGGCCAGCCUCUCGUCGCCACUCCCGCCGGCAUCAUCCUGCCCCCCAGCAUGAUGAGGCCCAGAGGACAUACUGGCCCCUGCUCAACCGCCUCUUUGGGAAGGACCGCGAGCUGGGCCCCGAGGAGCUGGAUGAGCUGCAGGCCGCUUUCGAGGAAUUCGACACGGACCGGGACGGCUGCAUCGGCUACCGGGAGCUGGGCGCCUGCAUGCGGACGCUGGGCUACAUGCCCACUGAGAUGGAGCUCCUCGAGAUCUCCCAGCACGUCAAGAUGCGCAUGGGCGGCCGCGUGGACUUCGAGGAAUUUGUGGGCCUGAUGAGCCCAAAGCUGCGGGAGGAGACGGCGCACAUGCUGGGGGUGCGGGAGCUGCGCGUCGCCUUCCGGGAGUUUGACAGGGACAGGGACGGACGAAUCACGGUGGCAGAGCUGCGGCAGGCGGCGCCGGCCCUGCUGGGGGAGCCGCUGGAUGGCCCUGAGCUGGAGGAGAUGCUCCGUGAGGUGGACCUCGAUGGGGACGGCACCGUGGACUUUGACGAGUUUGUGAUGAUGCUCUCCACCCGCUGAAGCUCCAGGAUGGAGACCCAGUUAUCCUGGUGGCCCCAGACUCCAGCAGGGUUUCUUCCAUGUACCGUCCCCCAAGAGGCCCCCCACAGGUGGAUGGAAGAGACCCC